AUGAUGAGCUAUAAGGAUGUUUGUAAAGUUGGCACGGGUCUGAUUCUUGUUGCUACAUCAUUUAUUAUGGGUGUUUUUUAUUCGAACCAAAUAUAUGAUUAUCAGUUACUGUUUGGCAAAAAUACAACUCAACUACAUUUUGAUAAUGCUUUAAGACAUUACCAAACCAUGCAUGAUGUUCCUCAUCCAGUUUUCUAUCUUUUAUGUGGAAUUGCCGCCAUGGGUUUGAUAGGUUGCAUCAUCAGGGUUUAUAAACCAAAUCCAGAUUUACAGUUAUUCGAGUACUGCUCUUUAGGUCUUUACGUAUUUGGUGUCUGUGUCUUUAUUACAAAUAUCAAAACAGGUGUUGACUGUUCUGUUGUCCAUAACUGGGGUGAAGUCUCUGAAAAUGAAGGUUUGGCCGUUUUAGGUUCUUCUAAUGUUAUCUUACUUUUGCUAUUUUCAGGUGUCAUUUUAUUACAAGGUGGCUUAUGGUACACCAGCUGGGAACAUCAACAGAGACUCGACAAGUUUUUUGCAGAGGAGGCUGCUGAAGUUAAAGCUAAGGCUGCUGCCGCAACUGUCAGUGAUUCUGCAGCUUCUAAGAAGAAAGAGAACAAAAAGCAAAAAUGA